AUGUCGGGCGGAGGAAAGGACAGAUUGAACGUUUUCCCUUCAAGAAUGUAAGCUAAAUAAUUAUUUUCGAGAUUGAAGAGAGUUUAUAUCAGGAAUUUUGAUGAAAACUGCGUUGUUUCUGUUCCAGGGCCUUGACGCUGAUGAAAGCUCGGCUGAAGGGAGCUCAGAAGGGUCACAGUCUUUUGAAAAAGAAAUCUGAUGCUUUGACAAUGCGCUUUAGGAAAAUUCUCAAAAAGAUUAUAGAAGUAAGUGCUGGAGAUAUUUCGGUUACUGUAAGGUGUUAAUCGUUGUUUGAACUGAAAAUUCCUACCUUUGAAAUGUUGUCUUUUGAUCUUGUAGACCAAAACUUUGAUGGGUGAUGUAAUGAGAGAAGCGACUUUUUCUUUAGCCGAGGCAAAUUUUGCUGCUGGGGAUUUCAGGUAAUAACUGACUGAGCUAAUUGUUAAAUGAACAAUUUCAGCUAGGCCCUCAGUUAACCUCGGUUUUUACUUUUCAUAGAGGAGAAAAUUCAGUCACGUGAUGUACACUGUGCAAGUAUUUAUAAAUACCCUAAAAAAUUGUUGUAAAGUUAUUCUGACAUGGCUUCUUUCAUUUCCCUUCUUGUAGAAGUGCAUUAACCAAUAUUUUUAUAAUUAUGUUAAGCACUUUCAUCUUGCAUUUUCAGCUAUGUUGUACUUGAAAACGUUGACAAAGCACAAACAAAGAUUCGUCUGAAGAAAGACAAUGUCGCUGGUAAUGUUAUAUUUAGUUACUUUUGAUGAUUUUGGGUUGAUUCACCAAACCAAAAGAGCUUUAAAGUCAAACAGGACAAAUCUACUUUGGGGCGCAUUUUUUUGCACUCUGUUGUUUAGUCAGAAGAAAUUCUGUACAAUUCAAGUAGGGUACAUAGUGCCCAUGCGACAAUCCGGAGGGAUUGCUAGCAAUCUACUUUACUAGCAAAAGUGAAGAAAAGAUCUCUAUAAUUCUGUGACAUUUGUUAUCUGACCAUGGUAUAAAAUUAAUUAUUAAUACCAGAAGAUCUCUAAUUUGGCUUAAUUUCAUGUACUUGUUCCAGGUGUUCAUCUUCCAAUUUUUGAAGCUUAUGCAGAUGGCACCAACAGUAAGUCACCUCUGGUAUUAUCUUUCAAUUAUAUCUCAAGAUCCCAAAUUACUGAUGAGUUAGUCUAGCUGUACAUUGUAGGUCUGGGCCCAGUUCCUUGAAAGGUGGCUAAGUUUAACCCAGGGUUACAAUGUAUGCCAUAUAUUUUAAGUAAAGGCAUUACUUUGUGGUUUAGUUGGGGUCUCUACCUGUGGCUUUCGCCUCCUUUAGAGCAAAAAGUGAUUCAAGAAAAAAUCAACAAUUUUGUGACAUCUUUAGAAACAAAUGGCACUACGCAAUAGAAUUUUUAAAGAGGUUUCAUUUGAAUGGUAACAUAAUGGAAUUCCUUCCACAGAUUAGAAUUACAUGUCUUUUUUCCAUAAUCAACUCUGCAAGUUUUACAUGUAACUCUGUCUGGUUUGCAAACUGAAAGGAGUGGUUUUAUUUUAGUUGGAACAUCAUAACGUUAAUCACAUUACCUGAAAAGUCACAUAAAGGUGUACAAAGGGGCACAUUCCAAUACAGGGUUGUUACUAAGAUUUAAAGUUGCCAGGUAAAAACAACAAGUAGGCAGGGAAUCAUACAGCUAGGGAUUUCUUUUGUUUCUAUUUUUCUUCUAUUUUCCAAGGAAGAUAGCCGCGGGCCACAUUGAUUGUAGCCAGGGGAAAUACCUGGCCCCCAGCUCUAGCCUUAAUAACAGCCCUGCAAUACCUGUACACUGCAGAAUACUUGUCAAGAGUAACUAUUGUAACAGGAAAAUUAUUCUUCUUGAUCAAGAUAGUACAACAUGCUGGAGAUUCAGACUAAUCUUUUCAAUCCCUUUACUUGUUCCCAGGUUAUGAGUUGACUGGUUUAUCUCGCGGUGGCCAGCAAGUCAGUAAAUGCCAAGAAGUGUAUGGUAAAGCUGUCAAGCUGCUUGUUGAGCUUGCAUCCCUUCAGGUAAAUAGUACAUGUGUAAGGUUCUCACCUCAGCUGGCUACUUACUGUACCUUUGCCUUUGGGUGACAAGCAAAUGGUGGUGAUUGCAUAGAAUGUAAAUGCCAGAUGCCCUGGAUUUCUAAGAUUUAGAGCUUUUGUAUUCCCUGAAAUUUUUUUUGGAGAAUGGCAUUGAUGAUUAUGAAGAAGCUUAAUGGGGAAACUAUCCAAAAUGUUGGGGAAUGGCAACCAGUAGGGUUGGAUAAUUACAGUGUUGAAAUUUGUUCAACUUUUCCAUCUGUUUUGGAACUUUUAUUUGUUUUUGCUUGCAGACUGCCUUUGUUACUCUGGAUGAAGCUAUCAAAAUCACAAAUAGAAGAGUGAAUGCCAUAGAAUAUGGUAAGGUUUCUUUCAGGGCGUGUUAACAGAAUGUAAGGUGGGGGGCAGGGGGCAGUGCAUAACCUGCCUAAAAGUGUAUUGAAUAAACUAUAGUGAAGUGGUCUGCCUUCCCAUAUGGUUAUGGCCAGGGAGGAAAAUACAGUUGACUCCCGAUAACUCAAACCUUCCAGGGAAAUGGAAAAAAGUUUGAGUUAUUAGUAGUUUGAAGCAAAUAACUGGAAAUAAGGAAAUAAGCAAAUGGAUGUGUAGGGAAUGCAAGUAUUAUGCACUUGUUACUUCAAGGGCAGGAACUAAGAAAUAUUGAUUGAUCUUUUGAAAAAGGAAUUAAGGAACAAAACUCGAUUAAUGUACAGGGAUGGACCCCGAAUUUGUACUGGAGUGACAAAAAAGUAGAAACAAAGAAUUGACAUGGUUGCUUUGAAAUACACUGUAAAUUCAAUGUUUGUGACUUAAGUACACUGGGUAAAAUUAUGUAGAAAUGUUGUGAAGGGAAACAAAAAUUACUUCAAGUUAGCGGGAGGUUCGAGUAAUCAAGGGUUCAAGUUACUGAGGGUAAAAUUACAGUAAGUGUAUGAAGGAAAUCCAGGGGAGGUUCGAGUUAGCGAGGGCUGGAGAUUUUUGUACUGUAAUCAUUCAAGUUGGAGUGAUCCUUUUUAAGUUUUUUUUAUCCCUCUUCCCUGCCCCUACCAAUAAAUGUUGUUUAAAACUGAAAAAGGGAGGGAUGGUGGCCUUAAUGAUGUAAUGUAUAUAUAAAUUUGUUUUUUGUUCCUUGCAGUUAUUAUCCCCAAAAUUGAAGCUACAAUAUCAUACAUCAUAGGAGAACUUGAUGAAAGAGAAAGGGAAGAAUUUUACAGGUUUGCAAACUUUUGGAGUGAUAUAGCAGUCAUAAUGGUCUUGUCAUUUGUUAUAAUUAUUGCAUUUCUCGCUACAGAAACUGGCUUAAAGGGGCAAUGUCAUACUAUUUGCUAUAUGGUUAGAAAAGUCAAAACAUGUCUUUACAUCAAUUGCAUUCCAAAAAUAAUUGUCCAGUUUUCUUAUUUAAGACUACAUUUUGGUAUUGAAACGUUGUUUUCUGCCGUCUGUUGCUACAAAUGGCAAGGGUGGACAUGGAUUAAAACUUGAAAAAAUUGGGCUAACUGUAGAGCGUUUGACUGCAGAUCGGGAGGUCGCGGUUCAAUUCCUAGGGCUGGACCAUUACUCAGGGUCUUAAAAUAACUCUAAAGGUACAUUUUAUUUUUGGGUAUGGUUUAACCACAAAGUAAUGACUUAAGCACAGAAUUGAUUUAAAAUGGCAAUGUCUUGGUGACAAACAGUGUUUCCCCCUUCUUCCUUCCUGGCCCCCUUGGCUUGUACAUGUGUGCACCUUUUCCUUGUUAACCCUUUAAACGCUAAGAUAAAAAUUUGAAUUCUCAUUUGCUCCACCUAUUCAUUUCCCACGGAAGUAGAGGGGAGAAGUUGAUGAAAUAUCAAGCAAAUUCAUCUUGUGUGAUCAUGUCUGUAAUUCCUGACCACUCUGUUUUACAAAGCAUUGAUAUUACAAAGAGAAAUUUGAUGCUGAUCACUCUUAGGGCUUUAAACCUACUCAGGGCUUGGAUAAGUCAUUGUACUUUUGUGAAUAAAAAGAUGUACACCCCACACCUGUACAAACGAAGCAGACACCACAAGCAUUUGCAAGAAUAAACUUUGGGCCCUGAAAACUGUUAUCCUAAUAUUUUGCAGGCUUAAGAAAAUUCAAGAAAAAAAGAAGAUUAUGAAACAGAAGGCUGAGGCAGCAAAGAAAGCCAGGGGCAUAACAGAAGGUUAAAAGAAUUGAUAGUUACUAUUAUGUAGGCCAUGUGCAUGGUGAUGUCGUUUUGAUACCAAGACCAGAAUCCUUCAGGAGGGUGUUGCUUUCUUGUGCAAAUUAGGACUUUUGUUACUUGAACCUCGCUGGGAUUACUAAAUUUGAAUAUGAAAGGGAAAAUGAAAACUGGUCGUAUAGUAAAACGACGCCAUCGUGCAAUGGCCUAUUAUACAUGUGUCAUCGUUAGUGAACAACUACAUAAUAAUUAUUAUACUUGUUAAUGUUACCAAAGACAUUUCAACAAAACAACAAGGCGGUAUUAUAUCAAAUAAUUUAAGUAAUUUUUAUUUGAUAGCACCUAAAAUACAAAUAUGUACCGUACCUCUCACAGUUUUCUGUCUUUUUUUUAAAGUAUCAUGAAAAAUGAUUUGCCCGAGUUAUAUCUGUCUUUCAACACCUUAACCGCGUGCUUAUUUCUGUCUUUGUGUUUAGACCAAACUGCAAACCUGCUGGAAGAUGCCGAGGAUGAGGACUUGCUAUUCAAGUAA